ACUCAAAGUAUGGUGACUGCAGUGUUAGUGCCAUCGAGCCGGACUAAAGCGACUCGUUGACAGGAGAGGAAGUCGUGUAAUAUUGUCUUCUAUUAGCGGAGAGGACACGCCGUGGACAGGUUUUCCCGUUUUAUCGUUGCUAAUACGCUAACCUCGGAGUUCUACAGCCGGCUUCAUUAGCUUAGCUUAGCACGCUAACGAGCUGAUGUAGCGACAGCUGCGGGGCGCUCAGUGAAAUGCGGUGGGACCUUGUCUGGAGGAAAAUUACUUUGGAAAAUUUUACCGACUCAUACGAACCAUGUCGUUAGCUGCUGCGAAGCCGUGAUGGCUUUGUUAAGGUGAAGUGACACACGAGGAGGUUUUCAGUCAGGUGGGGCUGCUCGGAUAGUUAUGAGCAGUUUCAACAUCACAACUAGAACCUCCACAUUUAGCUCACGUUUGAGCGACGAUAGUAAGGUCUCAACGGUCAGCGUCCGAACCGCCAACAACAACAACAAGGAGUGGGCUUUGGGAAGCGAUGUGUUCUCGUACUAUCACGAGAUGAGUCUCAUGGACGACACGAUGCAGGCAGGAAUGUCCUCCGUCCAGUCAGGACUGGAGGGACACCUGCCGCUUUUACAUGCCAGACACCACAGCGCCCAGGGCGGCUUGUUGUUGGACCUGAGCUCCCCGGAGUCCUACCUCGACAGCAGCUCCCUGGAGUACAGCGACAACGAUGGCAACAACGCUGGUCCGUUGUUCGAGAGGAGGAAGAGGUCCAGGUCCAACAGCUCCAGACACCGAUUCAACGAGGUGGUCACGGAGCUCGGUCCGGAGGAGGUGCGGUGGUUUUUCAAAGAGGACAAGAAAACGUGGAAGCCCUUUGUCGGGCAUGACUCGCUUAAAAUCGAGCUGAUGUUUCGGAAGUACCUCGAGCUGAACCCUGGUGCAGCAGGCUCCCAGGUCAGUGGCGGAGAGGAAGAGUGCAGCAGCAGAAGUGUGGAGAGCAGAGGGCUCAACGGUGCAGUGCCAGUAGAGACGAGGACCAGCAGUGUGCACGGAGGCCGGGGGUCCUUGGACACAUCCACCGUGUCCUCUGAUGAGAGGGACCCUGACAGCAUUGACAUCAGCGUGGAGCCAGUGUGUGUUCGGGGUGGGCUUUAUGAGGUUGAUGUCAAAGAGAGAGAAUGCAAUCCUGUCUACUGGAAGCAACAAGACCAUAUUCCCGUGAUGAGAGGCCAGUGGUUUAUCGACGGUACCUGGCUCCCGUUAGAAGAAGAGGAGAGCGACCUCAUUGAGCAGGAGCACUUGAACCAUUUCCGUGGGCAACAGAUGCAGGACACCUUCGAGACAGAUUUGAUUGUCAAGACCGUUGACAGCAAAGAUGCCAUCCACAGUCUGAAGCUGAGUCGAACACAUGUGGAUUGGCACAGCGUGGAUGAGAUCUACCUCUACAGCGAUGCCACCACUUCCAAAAUUGCACGCACAGUCACCCAGAAACUGGGCUUCUCCAAAGCUUCAAGCAGUGGUACUCGGCUCCAUCGAGGUUAUGUUGAGGAGGCCUCACCGGAGGACAGACCCCCCCAAACUACACACAUCGUCUUUGUGGUUCAUGGGAUUGGACAGAAGAUGGACCAGGGCCGCAUUAUUAAAAACACUGGAAUGCUGAGGGAAGGGGUAAGGAAGAUGGAGGAGAAGCACUUUUCAGAGCACAAUGAAGAGCAUGUGGAGUUCCUGCCUGUAGAGUGGCGCUCGAAACUCGCCCUGGACGGAGAUACGGUAGACUCCAUCACACCUGACAAAGUAAGAGGACUGAGAGACCUUCUCAACAGCAGCGCUAUGGACAUCAUGUACUACAACAGUCCCCUUUAUCGCGAUGAAAUUACUAAGGGCCUAACACAAGAGCUGAACAGACUGUACACACUUUUCUGCGCGAGGAACCCUGAGUUUGAGGAAAGGGGCGGCAAAGUGUCCAUCGUGUCUCACUCCCUCGGCUGCGUCAUCACCUAUGACAUCAUGACUGGAUGGGAUCCUGUUCGCUUCUGUCUGCAGGAGCAUCAUGUUGUGGAGGAGGAACUGGACCUGCGCUGGAUGUCCUAUGAGGAGAGGCAUCUUUUAGACCAGCUGAGACACACAAGGACUAGGUUGCGAGAGCUGGAAAAUCAACUCAUCACAUUGGAGGCCUCGAAGCCUUCAGCCCCACCAGCUCUCAAAUUUAAGGUAGAAAACUUCUUCUGCAUGGGUUCUCCUCUGGCAGUGUUCUUGGCCCUGAGAGGGAUCCGGCCCGGUAGCAGCUGCCACCAGGACCACAUUUUGCCCACCUCUAUCUGCAGCAGGCUCUUCAAUGUCUUCCAUCCGACAGACCCCGUGGCCUACAGACUGGAGCCCCUCAUUCUUAAACAUUACAGCAACGUAGCACCUGUUCAGAUACACUGGUGUAGCGCCACUAAUCCCACACCCUACGAUGAGAUCCGGCCCACGUUCCUCAACCCAGUCAAAGACCCAACAUCCGACACUGAGAGCAUCCCCAGCCCGAGCACCUCUCCUGUCCUCCCUCGCAGGCACUAUGGAGAGUCUAUCACCAGUCUGGGCAAGGCCAGCAUACUGGGAGCGGCAAGCAUUGGGAAGGGCAUUGGAGGCAUCCUCUUCUCGCGUUUCUCUCGCUCCAACAGCCAGCCUUCAGUGUCCUUGGGGCUUGAUGGUGGGGCGACUGCUGAAGAAGACGAGCAGAAGCGUACAGAAAGCCAGUCAGCAUAUGGCCUCUCCACCAUGAUUCGACCCACUUCGCCUAUUAUUGACACAUCAUUGGAGCUGGAGCGACGCAUCGACUUUGAGCUCCGAGAAGGUCUGGUAGAGAGCCGCUAUUGGUCGGCAGUGACUUCACACACAGGCUACUGGUGCUCACAUGACAUAGCUCUCUUUUUGUUGACCUUCAUAUACAAACAGAAGACGACUCCCUCUGACCCAGCAGAAGACACGCCGGAGCCAGACUGAAGCAGCACAUUCAUUAAAAUGCACACACUUGAAUGGUGUCUUAUAAUACUGAAGGUGUUUGUCAUCUUCUCAGCAAACUCAAACGGUGACAUUACUCAUUUUGCUCAGACACACUGAUAUUCCCUUUUACUUUAUCUCUCUGUGACCUAGCUCUUUUAACACUUUGGAAGCAUCACUAACAAACUGACUCAAAUCUUCAUUCCAAAAUGUGCAUUUUUGUCUCUUUUUGUUUCGUUUGCACACAUUUGCACACCCUAAGGGUGACAGUAAUAGACCAGGAACCCCUAAGGAGGUGCACCCUUUGCCAGUAUGACCACAAGCAACCUGUAAAUAUGGAAUAAGAGUCUAAUGAGUCUGGUGCGUGGAAGUUUGUUGCAUCUGUGGAUAGAGUUCUAUCUUCAUUGUGUAACUUAAUCUUAACUCAAACAGCUGCAGCAUGUUGAUAAAGUGUCCAUAAGUUUCCUGUUAAUGCUUAAAUCCAGCCACUCUCCCACAGACUCAGUCUGGAGCCUUGUCACACAUUUGCCUGACCCUCAGUCACUGGGGCUUCAAGUUCCAUGUCUGAUCUUUUUAACUUGUUUUUUGAUACGAAGGAGAGAAAAAAGUUAUGGUCAAAUCGUAGAAGUUUUUUUCUUUAAACAUUUAACUACUACAUGUCAAAAAGCUAAUUCUAUAAAACAAAUGCAAUGCCUUUCAAAAUCAGCCAAACAAUGCUACUCACGUUGAACAUUUACGAUAUUGUGAUGUUUUUCCACCAAAAAAUCAAACCAACAGAGGGCAUUAUCCCUUUAAUAAUGUUUUGGCAAUAAGAAAAAAAAACAUGCUAUGCUGUUACUUUUUCAUAUCCAUUUUAUUUUAGAUCAUUUGACUCUAGAAAUAAAUAUACACCAAAUAACCUGAGCAAAGCAAUGUUUUAUAUAUUACACAGUCAAAUAAAGCAGAAUUUUCCUUAAUGGAAAUAUUCAGUAACUAAACGGUACAGUCUUUAUUUUAGUACACAGGACAAAUGUCUGUUGCUAACACAAGAGUUACAGCUAAAUAUCCUCAAAGUUCUGUUACAUUCGGACGUUUACAACAACAUGAUGCUUGUUUCCGGGCAUAUACUUGCUCUUAAACAGCGGUCUCACAUGUUGUGUUACUUUCUCACAGUUUAUGGUUUCAAAUUAGUCAAAAACCUUUGAUGAUGUCACUCAAAACAAUCACUCAUUUAAUCUAAAUUCAUACUUAUAUUUUAAGGAUGUUAUGGGGAGGAUUUUUGUGCUCAUAUCUUUAUAUUGAUAUUCAGAUGAAAUCAGUGGUACUAGAUGUAUUUUUUCUUAAAAAAUCAUAUUUUUCCUAGUGAUUUUCAGUCUCUUGAAGAUUUAGACCUGGAUCUCAUCUUGAUUAAAAUGGGAUUUCAAUUUGUGGCCAAAUAACAUUUAUGUGUCUAACUUGUUAGCUGCUUAGCUCUAGUAAUGCUAAGGCUAAUGCAUAAUCCAUGAAAAUGUAAUUGGCCUCGGUAAAUGCAAAUGGAUUAUCUUCUUCUUUUUUUUUUUUGAGGCUUUUGUAAUAUGUUGCACACAAACUGCAUCUUGUUCGCCUUGUUGUCACUUUCCCCUUUUGAGCAAAGGGUGUGUCCGUUUGUCUUUGUAUUUGUGUAAAAGAGGGGUUUUUUAAAUCUUAAAAUCCUGCAUGUGCCAGUCAUUUGACUGUGUUAGCCUAAUUGACAGUACUUACAGAGUCAUUCAUAAAAGAAAAAAAAACUAAGGACAACUGGAGACAGAAAAUCAUGAUUGGUUUUCUAAAAUGGAUUUUUGCCUUAGGUUUGCCAGAGCAUAUGUAAGAAAAAAAAACAAACACUGGUAGAUCUCAUAUUAGCUAUUGGUCCCAGUGAUAAUUCUGCACAAAUUAGAAUGCCUCCUCACUUUGCAUGGUGUCAUAUUAAUAACAAAUGGAUGUUGGAACAAGAAAAUAGUGCAGAGUGCCAACACACGUCUACGAAACUUUGCUAUAACUAUAAAACCACUCGUGAUCGUUUCUGGAUUUCUAAUGAAGUCAUUUUAAAAUACAUUCGCAAUGGAUGACGAAAUGGAACUGUCCUCAUAUUAAUGUUUAUGGAGUCACCUGUGACAGACUUUAUUACUGUCGUGUCAAAUUUAAUUUGUGUCCUGCUUGUUAUGAUAUCAUGUAGAGCUUGUUUUCAUUUGUUAUGGUGCGAGUUGCAGCUUCACUGUUCCACACAAGGGCUGUAGCUUACUGGUCCACCACUUAAUGGAAUCAGUUUUUCUGUGUUUAAUGUCUGUGUUACGUGUGCAAAGACUUACUGACUAAAACCAGGCUGCCUUGAUGAGAUGGCCCGAUAGGUAAUCAGGAAGUAGUAUGGAAGCUGGGACAAAUAAGGGAGAGCGAUAUGGAAGUGUUGCUAUUUGAGCUGGUGGAUCUUGUACAUUCAUUUGCAAUGAAUUGCACAGAAGCUAUGUUAAAAAAAAACAGCCCAUCUUAUUUAUUCAUUUUUGCUCAGCAUGUGUUACUUUGCAGCGAUAGAUGCAGAAAGCGAUUUCAACAUGUUACUUGCAAAGGAAUCCUGGAGGUCUUACAUGUGUAAAGCAAAAUACAGUAGCAGUUCCAUUGUUGCCUCUGCAUCUUUAAACCACACUUUGUGGGUUCAGACAAAUACGUACUGUAGGAGUGUGGACAGACCAGUGUAACAAUAACGACAACGUUCCUGCCAGUGUUCAUGAUUUGGCCGUGUUUCCAAAAUGUAUGUAAAAAAUUUGCACAUUUUGCAUUAUUGCAAUUUUUGAUUCAAGCACAGAUUUUCAAAUGUGUUCACUCUGCUUGCUAUUAAAAAAAACUAGCAAGUUAACUGGAGAGCAUUAAAGAGAAUUUUGUUACAAUACAUUGUAAUUUUGACUAUAUGAGCAUUUAAUGUACAGCAUUUUGAACGACAACAGUAUAUUUUUCUUGUUAAAGGCACCACAAGCAUCAGGGAAUUGUCUGCUGUUACAUGUUUUGUAGAUUCAACACUCUUGUUGAUGCCAGAUUGAAGCCAUUAUUGAGUCAAACAAUUCAGCACAGAUGUCACUCUUUCAAACGUUCACAAGUGGAUGAACAAGUUGCGUAUGGUUUGCCACCAUAUGUUGUCAGAUGUGGGGUAAAAAAAAAGAAAAAAAGAAAAAGAGAUGCACAUUAAAACGUACUGUGAUUGUGUUGAAUGAAAUUUGUCAAACAGGUGAUACUGUUGCUCUAACUUUGAUUGGAUGUCUGGAAAAGUGUUCUAUGUCUGUCCCUAGAGCUGUGCAAUAACCCAUGCCUGUAAUGGAUUCUAACUGCCAUCCAAAGCACUGUAUUUAUUUCCUUUUAUUAAAGCAUUUCUUUUUGGAUACAAUCAU